AUGGCCUGGUCUGCCAGUGAGAUCCGCGAGUGGGCAAGCCGCGAGGCCUUGACCGGUCGAGUUCUCACCAAGGCCGAGGACCUGGCCGAAGAAGGCGGCUUGGCGGUGCUCACAGAUGAGUGGCUGCGCCGCAAUGGGGUUGUGAUGCUGCCGGUCCGCAACCGCAUCCUGUUGGCGGCACACGUGGCCUUGAACCCGAACAAGCCCAAAGCGUUCAGGUUCGGGAGGGUCGAUACAGUGACGUAUGACUACGUAGCCCCGGAGUACCCGGAGUUCCUCUUGGCCCCACCGAGCCGGCCAAGAAGGGACAAUGCAUCCGAAGCCACGGCCCUGCGAGACGCCCUCGCAAACACUGCAGCCAACGAGGAUGACUCCGACGAGGAUGACUCCGACGAGGAAGAGACAGCCAAGGAUGAGACAGAGCCUGAGGCCAACAUGAAUGUGCGUGAAGUGAGCGAGGCUGCACACAAUCAGGCUAGCAACCGUUUCACCCCGCAGCCGCAGCGCCCAGCGCUUUUGGCGGCACCCGGCCAGUUCAGCAUGCGAGAGAAAGUCGAAGUACCGCAAGUGACGCAGCAAGUGCCUACUUGCGAAGGGUCUUUUUGGUGGAGUUUGAUCCACCAGACGUUUCAAUGCUUCACCGCCGAGAUGGCUGUGCAAGCUUCGAUGAAUGGGACGCCAAGACGGGUCCAUGCAUGA